AUGUCUUCCGCAAGUUCGCCUGCCGCAACGGGUGCCAUUGUCAUUGCACGAACUCUCAAAGCCCUUGGCGUCAACGUUGUCUUUGGUGUUGUCGGUGUGCCUGUAUCAGACAUCGCGGAGCAAGCUCUUAAUAUCGGCAUACGCUUCAUCGGAUUCCGAAACGAGCAAGCUGCGAGCUAUGCGGCGACGGCUUAUGGCUAUUUGACAGGCUUCCCGGGUGUCUGUCUCGUCGUCGGCGGUCCUGGAGUCUUGCAUGCCAUCGCUGGCGUUGGUAACGCAAGCGCGAACAACUUUCCCUUGCUCCUGCUCGGCGGAUCCAUCGAAACUCAUCUCGUCACGAAGGGAGGUUUUCAAGAGAUGGAUUCGAUCGCGAUUCUAACACCGCACACGAAAAUUGCUCUGAGGCCGUCGAACAUUGGCGUGCUGCCAUCGAUGAUAGCCGAUGCCUACCGAGCUUCCUUCUAUGGUCGAGCCGGCCCAACCUUUAUUGAUCUACCUGCUGAUCUUAUCAACGACCCGCUAGCUUUGGACGAUCUUGAAGAAGCACCAGACGUGCCUAGAGUUUCGGAUCCCCCUAAAGGAGCCGCAGAAGAGGAAAGGCUGGCAAAGGCGGUCAGCCUGAUCAAGGCCGCGCAGGCACCUUUAAUCGUAAUUGGAAAGGGUGCGGCAUAUGCGCGCGCUGAACACUCAAUACGUGCCUUUGUCGACCAGACUCGCAUACCGUUCCUUCCAUCUCCGAUGGGAAAGGGUGUUGUCGCAGAUUCGCACUCUCAGAAUGCAUCCUCGGCUCGUAGUGCAGUGAUGAGAAUGGCUGAUGUAGUACUGAUCCUAGGUGCAAGGCUGAACUGGAUCAUGCACUAUGGGGAAGCGCCGAAAUGGAGUUCCGAAACGAAAUUCAUUCAGGUUGAUAUAUCGUCCGAAGAGAUGGGCCGCAACGCAGCCGACGCCGAACAAUCCUUACUGGGAGAUGUUGGAGCUGUCGUUAGGCAGCUGUCACAAUCUCUUCAGGGCUGGUCCUACACACCGCAACACGAUUAUCUGCAACAGCUUGCCCAGGCCAAGCAGAAAAACGAGAAGAUAUCCUCUUUGGCAGCACAAGACCCCUCAAUGCCACUCACAUAUGCGCGCGUGUUCCACGUCAUCAAGACGGUUCUACAUUCGCUAUCACCACCUUCGUCUGGUGGCAUCUGCUACGUUGCAGAAGGCGCAAAUACGAUGGACAUCAGCCGCUCGAUCUUCCCUCUCGAACACCCCCGUCUGCGUCUCGACGCGGGCACCUUUGCUACGAUGGGCGUCGGGCUUCCUUACGCGAUAGCAGCCUGGGAAGCAUACAAUGCGCCCAACGCGCGAGCUUCGUCUGGCCCGGCGCUUCGCAAGAAGAUUGUGGCGAUCGAAGGCGACUCUGCGCUUGGAUUCUCGGGGAUGGAGAUCGAGACCAUGGCGAGGAUGGGCAUGGACGUGCUUGUUUUUGUCAUCAACAACAGUGGCAUCUACUUCGGUGACUCCGACUCGGCUGAAGAUUACAACGAGAAGAGAGAUAGGACAAUGAAAGGCGAGCUGGGUCUGAGGAGCUGGGCGUUGGGUUUCGAGACUAGAUACGAGAAGCUCGCGGAAGCAUGUGGUGGAAAAGGGUAUUUUGUGCGGUCGCCGGAGGAGCUGGAGAGAGCUACUGUGGAGGGCUUCCACGCAAAGGUACCAGUCAUUGUGAACGUGAUGAUUCGUAGUGGAAAGGUCGAAAAGCCGAGCUUUGGAUGGCAAGUGUCUCCCAAGAAAAGAGUGCCACGGCUGUGA